ACUAGUAUCGUUGCAGUGAGUAGAGGUGUUUGAAGAAAAUAAUAUUCAGAUAGUGAGUGAAUGGAUACAUUAAAUAUACGGUGAUACGGAAGCAACAAAAAAACGAGAAUAAAAUAAAAAAUUUAACAAAUUUUUACUUAUACUUUACUUUUGAAAGCAACAACAAGAAUUAACGUUAAAAAGAAAAGGCACUAGCAGAAAGAUAUUAAUAAUGAAAAAAUAUAUCUAUAUACGAGUAUAUAAUGUGUGUGUAUAAAUAAAUUCCAAAAUUGAAGAAAUACUUAUACGUAAAAUUAAACGAAAGUCAAUUUUGUCAGUGACGUCACUUAACCACAAAAUUUAAAUAAAAAAUAGUGAAUUUAAAAUUUGGUAAUAAAUUGUGUACAGCGUAUAUUUUCUAUUUCGCUAAUCGAGUGUUGACAAAUAACGAUAAAGAUUUCCAUAUACAGUAAGAAUUAAUAAAAAAAACUAUUUUUAUUUUUAAACGACGUGUUAAAAGUACACAUUGUUUUCUACAAAUUAAAUAAAAAUAUUCAAACAUAAUUACUUACAUACAAACAAACAAACAUAGUAGAUUUGUAUAUGUAUUCGUUUUUAACACGAAAAUUUGCAACGUCAUAUUAAAUCAAGGUGAAAUCAAUACAAUACAAUAAAACAAACAACAAAUUACUCAAUAUUAUAUGUCUAUAUGUAUGUAUGUAUUCAGUGACAUUUACAACAAAAGCAAAAACAACGAGUGAAUAAAGUUAUUUGCGAAUCCGUUAAUAAAUACUCGAACUUACAUUUGUUGCUGACUGUAAGAAAUCAAUAAUAGAAAUUGUAACCAAUCAAAGCAACAACAAUAACAAAACAAAAACAAUUAAAUUUUGAAAAACCAAAAAGCUAAAAAAUUCUACGUUGGCGAUACAAAAUUACUCGUAUAUAUUGUUCCUAGAAUUUUCCACCAUCACAAACAACAACAAAUACUACAGAGCAAAGUGGUAGUAGUUGUCAAAAUCGCUGCUCCCUCUCUUCUAACUGUUUGUUGCUGGCUCAUUUAAUCAAAAACAGAGAACGAAAUAACGACGAAAUCAUUAACUUUUGUUGUUGCAGCCAUAAAAACUGUGAAAAAUAAGUGAAAUAAAGAAAAUUCUUGAAUAAAAAACGACAAAAUUAAAAAAGAAAAAUAGAUCAACAACAAUACAUCAGCAGACAAAGAAAAUUGUAAAAAUAAACAUCGAAAAUAAGAGCAAAGUAAAGCAGAAACGAAAAAUACUACCUAAUUCUUUUUAUUUCGAUACUAAAGACUGGCGCACUAUAUUAACGUUGCAAAAUGAAACCCACUGUGAUAUCAAAUGCAAGUGCAUCGGCAUCAUCUGGCCCUGGUAAUCCGCAAGCUGGAGGAAAUGGUGUAACGAUACCUAUAAAUCAUGAGUACAGAGGUCAACCUGCAACUCAACAGCAACACCAGCCUCAGUAUCAAACACAGGCUCAGCAUUAUGUAGCCGGCGAACCGCAGGUCACCAGUUAUGGAUCUCCAGGAUCUCUUGGAAGAGGACAACAGCCGCAACAACCCCAUCCACAGCAGCAACAAAUUCCAGCACAUUUUCAGCAGGACUUUGAUUUUGAACCUGAUAUGGGCAUAGAUAUGUUUCCUCGGACCCGCUUGGGACGUAUGACUCAUGAUCCUUUUGGAGAUUUCGGAGGUACUUCACGUAAGCGUACUAGUUUGCAUGAUCCCCAAUUUCAUACUGAUGGUUUUUCUCGUUAUUUUGAUGAUGCUGCAGAUUUUGGUUUUCCCCAGUUCAACUCAUUGGGUCGUCGCCGUGUAAAUACUCAUAACGAUGAUGAUUUCUUUAAUCGUUUGCCUUCGGAAUUCCGUCAAUACAUACCAGAAAGUUUCGCCCAUCGACGAGGAGGUUCUGGCAUGGCAGGAAGCCCAGGAACUGGCCCGACCAUGGUUCAUCCGCAGCAGUCGACACAACCGCAACCUCAACCACAUUUUUACAAUACAAUGCCGCAGUCUCCAUCAAGAAAAGUGUGCGAUGCUGCCAUCCAAACUGAAGAUCCCACUGGACGCUCAGAAGUUGAUCAUUCUGUUAACUCUGAAAACCUUAAUCAACAUGGUUUGCGUAAUACCAUGGAUAUGGGUGUUAAAUCGCCAGCAGAAAAUGAAAACCAAAGUCCUAGAUCGUCGUCAGCACCACCAACAGAACAGCAACAAACCCAUCAGCAGCAGCCCUACUAUUCUCAGCCGCAACAAAUACCGGUUAAUGGACCCAAACGACCUACACCGCCUCCUCAGCAACAACAUCAAUUCGCCACUCAAACUAGCCCCCAGAUACAGUCCGGAGCUUACAGCGGCCAAUCGCCACAAUUUCAAAAAGUUUAUUAUGCUCCCCAACAACAAGCGCAUCCUCAGCAAAAGCAACAGACUCCACCACCACCCCAGACCCCCGGAGGGUCUUACAUACGCACCAUACCAAUAUUUGUGGAGGGUAGGUCCGAACCCAUUAUCAAUAAUAAGGAAAUUCCAAAUCAAAAUGCGCCACCAAAUGUCGCAACUGGCCCUGCCAAUUCUAGGGCUUUCACACCUCCAAAACAACAACCACACCGUCCUACUCCAUUAAAUACUCAACAGCAACCCACUUCUCAGCAGCAACAACAAAGUGGUGGUCUACCUCCCCAAACACCUCAUACCGUUGAUACCAUAAACAAAAUACAAGAUAUACAACGUGAUGUUUUAGAUUUAAUGUCACGCGUAGAAAAGUUUUCGGGCACUCGAGCUGACAAGGAAUACGUGUAUUUGGACGAAAUGUUAACUAGAAAUCUAUUGAAAUUGGAUAACAUCGACACUAAUGGCAAGGAGAGCAUACGGUUGGCACGAAAAGAAGCUAUCAAAUGCAUUCAAGCUUCUAUUAAUGUGCUAGAAGCUAAGGCAGAGGAAAAUAAGAAGGCAGCCCAGGCUAAUGCCGCCGAAAGCGAUGAGCCAGAACAGCAAGCCCCCGUCCAAGAAGCAGAAACGCCAGCACCACCAGCAGAAACACAAAAAUCUACAUCAGCCGAAAAAGUGACCAAAGAAUCAACACCAACUGCUGCAGCUGACCCAAUCGUGGAACCGGCAGAUCACAAAAAUAAUGAACCCAUACCACUGCCUCCACCAGAAAGUCAGAAAUUCAAUGAAGUUAAAAUAGAAGAUUGUCCCGAGGAUGAUGCAGCUUCCACUGCAAGCCAUCAAGAAUCCGCAUCAAAAGCAGAGGACCUAAAAAAGGAAAAUUCGUCUGAAACGAAAUGAUGAUAUGAAAGAACUCUUAAUACAACCGCCAGCUAUAAAAAGGCCACCUUUAAAAAGAUUGUCUUAGAACAAUACAAUUAAGAAAUUAACACAUUAGUCUGGGGAUAACGCAUUACAUUCAUUCAUUUCUGGAUGUGCAUGUAGUUAUCCGAUUCACAAAUUUCAGAUGCUUUUAAAUUUUAAACUUUAUGUUAAAUACUACUUACAUUUAAAGCCUAAAUUAAAUUCGUGCCAAUCUUUAAACCAAUAAUUAAAUGUUUCUCUUUUUUCUCUAACCUUAACCUCCAAAGUGAAUAUCUAACUUUUAAAAUUAUUACAAUUUGUAAUUUUUAAAACUCAAUACAAAUCUUGCAGAUUCAAAAUGUAACUAGCAAUCUAACACUUUUUACAUAGAAAACUCUAUCCGUAAUAUGUAUGUAUAAACUCAUUUAUACAUAUAGCACAUCACAUUUGCGUCAAAAAUUCAAAUAUUAGAUUGUUGCAAAGCUUCAUAUAGGUAAUAUAUUUAUAAAUAUGUAUUAGAUAAUUGAAAAUUUUGCGAACCGCAGUUGAAAAAUAUGUAAAGAAUGAUUGAAACGACUAAUGUUCGUAUUUUAUUGAUUUAAAAACCAAAACACAUACUCCUUAAAAUAUUAAUAUAAAUUAUUAAUUGACAGAAAUACAAGUGCCUCAAUUUACUAGAAAGCAAAGUAUAACCUAGAAAGCUUAUAGUAUAAAAAUAUUUGAUUCAAUUUAGUAACACAUAAAGAAACUAUCUUUGAGUAAUUUUUAUUUUAUGGACGUUUUGUCGUCGUUCGUCUUACUCCAGCUCGUAAAAGAAUUGUAUUAUUCUCAAUUAGUUCAAGUAUAUCGGUCUCAGUUAUGAAUUAUGUUAAACUACAUAAACAUACUUAUACAUAUGUAUGUAUGUACGUAUCGCUAAUUUGCUUCAGUAGGACCAAAAAACAAACGGCAAAGUGCAAAAAUCAAUGUAAUUUAUCCUUAGAAUAACUUUCAUACAAAUCCUAAGAUUGGAAGAAUAACACAUCGCAGAUAUUAAUAUGUUUAAUAAUUUAGUUUAAACUAAAUAUUCAGAAAUCAAAUACGUAUACUUAAAACUCCGAAAAUAAUAGACGUAUAUGUAAUAAAAAUAGGAACCUGCAAAUUUGGCGUUAUUAACUUUUAAAGGCAAAUAUAAGAUACAUAUGUAUGUGUGUAUUACAUAUGUAUGCAUGUGGACAGCGUAAGUAAUUCUUAAACUUAAAAAAAUUAUCAAAAUUAAAAAAAGUCUCAAAGUUUUUGUUGGUAGCUUUAAAUUUAUGUAUUUUUAUUUUUUUUUCACAAAAAAGUUGUGUUUUAUUUGAUUUUGUUUUUUAUGGUUUUUUAAUUUUUAAAAAUGCAAUUUAUGCAAAACUACAUUUUAGAUACAUAAAUACACCUAUAUCGUUUUAUUGAUUUAAUGUUACGAAUCGAAAUUAUAUAGAAUAAAACUUAAAAAAA